AAUGACUGGCAUGCUGUCCCCAAUCUAGGCUCCAGACAGGUAUGCGUGGUGCCUUUGGAAAGCCCCAGGGCACAGUGGCCAGGGUCCACAUUGGCCAGGUCAUAAUGUCCAUCCGCACCAAGCUGCAGAACAAGGAGCAUGUGAUUGAGGCCCUCCGCAGGGCCAAGUUCAAGUUCCCUGGCCGCCAGAAGAUCCACAUCUCCAAGAAGUGGGGAUUUACUAAGUUUAAUGCAGAUGAGUUUGAAAACAUGGUGGCAAAAAAGUGGCUCAUUCCAGAUGGCUGUGGGGUCAAGUACAUCCCUAAUCGUGGCCCCCUGGACAAAUGGCGGGCCCUGCACUCGUGAGAGCCUUGGUGCUGCCC